ACAUGAACUAAUACAAACUUACACACCAAAGCAAAUAUAAAAUCAUGAAUUGGACCAUCGUUGCCCUUUAACUUUUAGAUGAACUAUCCCUUUAUUAUGUGCAUUUAUUUUUCUAAGUUAAAGGAAUAAUUUACCACAAAAUGAAAAUUAGCCUUCAUUUUACCUUUAAGCCAUCCUAGGUGUAUAUGAUGUUUUUCUUUCAGUCAAACACAGUCAAAGUUAUUUUAAACAUUCUGGCUCUGUUCAGCUUUAUAAUAGCACUGGAUAGUGCCCCAUUUUUACCCUCAAAAACGAAUCCAUACAAUUAUUAAAUUACUUCUAAAGUGAAGCGAUUGGUUUUUGUAACAUUGGGUCACAGAUCAGCUUUUGCUUAAACUUAACUCUUUCAUGAGCACAUUGGCUAGGAUGACAUCUAUGUUCAUAAUAUAGUGUAAAAUGGAGUACUACUCAUUACAUUAUUUAAAUAAUAUAUUUUUAAUAACUCCAUGUAACUUAAAAUACUCCAUGAUCCACCAUAAACCUAAAAACGGCCAUGUUUUGUUGUUUUUUGCUUUUCUUGGUUUUUCUUUUUUAUUUCAUGUGAAGCUGCCAAUGACCAAUUGUGAAAAGUUUUGUAUAAAUACAAUUUUAUUGAGUUUAUAAAGUUUAAAAUGUAAAUUUUCUUUAAAAAAAUCAUUGCUUCACAUCGGAAGACAUGUGAUGUAGUAACAUCAUAGAUUGUUUUUCUUUAAAAAUGGGGCACUAUCCAAUUCCAUUAUAAAGCUAAAAAAGCCAGCAUAUUGUGAAACAUGUGUUUGUCUGAAAUACAAAAGUUUAAACAGUAAAAUAUGGGAUAAUUUUUAUUUUGAAGUAAACCUUUAAAACUUAGGUUGCGUUUAGCUCGAAAGAAUUAAGGAUUAAAUGUUUCACCACUUGAAUUAAUAUGUAGAUUUGUAUAUAAUAAAAAUAAGAAUGCAAUAAUGUAAUCUCAUAUGAAACAGAAAUGACUCAAGAGGUCAGAGGUCAUGUUGAAGUUUCACUUCCUGCUCGAGAUGAAAGCGCGAGCGCAGUUCGGUUCUACGCCAUGCACGCGCUUUCGUUUUGUCUUCCGUGAGUAAAUUAAAAACUUUAUAAACUUUACAAUGACGCGACGGGUGUGUGUGAAGCUCGAGCGUCGCGUCAGACGCGUUGAGUUUGGGUGUGUUUGCUGAGAGUUUGCGACGUUCAUCAGCUGGAUACUUAACGGAUGUUAAACGUAAACAUUUACCUGGUUUAACCUCAGUAACUUACUGAACCGGUUCUGUAGAGAUGGGUUCUUAUCCAGUCUCAUAUGUGAAGCUUCUGACGGUUCAUCGGGAGCUUCUGGUGGAGCAGGUGAAGAACACGCAGUGUUUGCUGGACAAUCUUCACAUGAACAACUUCAUCUGUACUGAAGAUAUAGAGAUCAUACAGCAAAGUGUCACCAAAACCGAUCAGGUGCGUAAGAUCCUCGAGCUGGUCCAGAGUAAAGGAGAAGAAUGUUCUGAAUAUUUCAUUCAUGUUCUUUAUGAAGCAUAUGAUGCUUAUAUUGACCUGCGUCCAUGGUUUCAUGACAUUCAGUACAGUCCAUCAGAUACUAUACAACACAUACCUGUGGUAAACACAGACCCCAUUAGCAAGUACAGUGAGAAACUCAGACAUGAGCUCAAGAGAGACACUCAGUUCAUCACAUCAUACUCAAAGUGUGAAGAGACGCCGCUGGAGGAUCUCUACACAGACACACAGAUGGAGCUCAUAAACGACAAGGGCGAGAGCCUGGGAUUUCUCCAGAGUCUGGAUGAGCUCCUCGGAGAUCAGGGGGUCUUCAACCAGGAGGCCGAGACCAUCUUCAUCACCGGUGAUGCUGGUGUAGGCAAAUCCAUCGUUCUUCAGAAACUCCAGAAUCUGUGGUCCAGGAGAGAGCUGAAAACUCGUGCCAAGUUCUUCUUCAAAUUCAGGUGCAGGAUGUUUAGCGCCUUUAAAGAAACGGAUGAGAUCUCGUUGAGGGAUCUUAUCUUCAAGCACAACUGCUAUCCGGACGGAGACCCCGACAACGAGGUCUUCACGUACAUCUUACGAUUCCCAGAGACGGUACUCUUCGCGUUUGAUGGAUACGAUGAAAUCCAAACAGACUUUGACUUGGAUAACGUGCCCGAGGUGGUCUCCCCAGAAGAAAAGACUCAUCCGCUUUUGCUUCUCAUGAAUCUGCUGUGUGGAAAACUGCUGAACGGUUCUCGGAAAAUUCUGACCGCGCGGACCGGCACGGAGAUCCAAAGCCGAGUGAUCAGGAAGAAGGUCUUUCUGAGAGGUUUUUCCCCCGAGCAUCUGAGGACGUACACGGCUUUGCAUUUCCCCGAGGAGGAACACAGGGCGAUGGUGCGAGUGCAGCUGGAUGCAAACCCUCAUCUCUGCGGUCUCUGUUCCAUCCCACUCUUCAGCUGGAUCAUUCUCAAGAGUUUCAAGCAUUUCUAUUCCAUCUACGAUGAUUAUAAAUUGCCAGACUCAUGCAUCACCCUCACUAAUGUUUUCCUGCUCCUCUCGGAGGUCUUUCUGGGUCGUACGACCGCUCGACCCGGUCUGCUGAAACGCAGUACGAGGUGUCCCGCUGAGACCUUUAAAUCCGGUGAGCAAAAGCUUUUGGCCUUCGCUAGACUCGCUCUGCAAGGUCUCGAGAGAGGUGCAUUUUUAUUUAGCAUCGAGGAGGUCACGUCCUGCGGAUUAGACGAUAAGGACCUUCAGUUCGGGUUUUUGAGGCCCGUUUGUCAUUACGACAUGUGUGGAAGCUCUGCCACAUUCGAGUUUCUUCACGUGACCCUGCAGGCGUUCUUAGCCAGUUUUGCUUUGGUCCUGGACACUAAGAUCGCCCCUGACACUAUCCUAAAGUUUUUCUCCAAAUGCAAAUACAAAAAGAAGUCCCGCCUCUCUUGUUUAUCUUGUCUGGGAAAGUCACAACCUAGAGACAAAGAUCCGUUCCAGACCAAUGAGCACUUCCAGUUUACCAAUCUCUUCUUAUGCGGUCUGUUGUCCAAGCCCAACGCCGCUCUUCUCGAGCACCUCGUUUCACCGCUUUCACUCAACCAGAAGCGUAAGGUGCUCAAGUCCUAUUUGUCUAACAGCGUGAAGUCACACCUGAAGGAUCUGCCUCGGCAUCCGGCCAUAGAAAUCACGGGUUAUAAAGUGCACGCCAUGCCCAAUUUCUUAUGGAUGCUGCGGUGUAUAUUCGAGAUCAACAGCGAGAAAGUGGCCAAGAUGACGGCUAACGGCAUAUCGGCCGAUUACAUUAAGAUCGCCUACUGUAACAUUUACUCGGCAGACUGCAGCGCUCUGAACUUUGUGUUACAUCAUCGUAAAAAACAUCUGGGGGUGGACAUGGAUAACAACAACAUCAGUGAUUAUGGAGUGAAACAGCUGAGACCCUCUUUCAGCAAAAUGACCGUGGUAAGAUUAUGUGUGAAUCAACUCACGGACGACAGCAUGGAGGUUCUGGCAAAUGAGCUCAUCAGAUAUAAAGUUGUCAAGAUUUUGGGCCUUUACAAGAAUCACAUCACAGAUGUUGGAGCCAAACUGGUAGCAGAGAUCAUUGAAGGAUGUCCUCACCUAAAGACUGUCAAACUCGGCUGUAACAACAUCACAGGUUUGGGUGCCAGCUAUCUUGCCAAAGGAAUUCACAAGAGUAAAUCUAUCUUUGAUGUAGGGAUGUGGGGUAACUCGAUCGGUGAUGAAGGUGCGAAUGCUUUCGCCGAGGCUUUAAAGAAUCACCCAUCCCUAACAAACCUCAGUCUCUCCGCCAAUGGCAUCACAUCUCAGGGGGGAAAGAGUUUGGCAAAUGCACUCAAGGAAAACACGAGCCUUCAUAUCUUCUGGCUCAUUCAGAAUCAAAUCUGUGAUGACGCAGCAUCUGAUCUCGCUGAUGUGUUCAGGUCAAAUUCAUCGCUGACCCAUCUGAUGUUAAUAGACAACCAGUUGAGCGUUCAUGGAGCCAGACAGAUAGCUGACGCUCUCUCAAACAACACUACACUGAAAGAAAUCAACAUUAAAGGAAACCAAAUCUCUAAAGCAGAAGAAAAACUCUUUGAGGAAGAGAAGAGGCUUCGUUUUCACUGAGAGAUCUCCAUGAGGAAAUAAUCAUUACACACACAACUCAUGUACAGUAUAUUAAUCACACCUACAAUAUAUUAUUCAUAUCUCACUCACAGUUUUAUAUCAAAGCCAAAUCAUACUUACAUAAGGGCUGGACAAUAUCAUUAUUUCAUGUUUUUUUGGCACUAUAUAGCUCAGAAUUAAUGUUUUUUUCCUUCAGAAUAACCAUUAUGUUUAAGAUCACGUAACUCACACAGUUUCUGUCAAUCGUGGGUACCUAUAGAGUAGUGUUUCGUCCCUUAUAUGUCUAUAGAGUCUUUUGUGUUGUCAGAUUUAUAAAAAGACAGAACAGCCUUUCCGUUUUUUUCCGAAAAAGGUUGAACUCUUGGAAGGUACGGUGGGAGGAGAUAAAGAGUUACGAGUACAGCACAGCUAUAUGUUCAUGUUGUUUACAUUAUAUGCACUUAUGCACCAAUUGCAGAUUAGAUUUUUAUUAACUUACCGCCUGUGGAUCCAACUCCUCAAUGGCGUCUUUAACGUUGGGACUGCUCCAUCACUCAGUAAACGAUUGGAUAAUCCGGUGUCGAUUUGGGCCUUGUUUGUAAAGCAAUAGUCUCCAAAAUUCAGGUAACAAACAUAAACAUUCGCAAUUAUCUUGCCGUCCAGGAAAAACAAACUACAUUCACUGUUGUAUUAAGACAGGGUUACUUGAAUAAGGUUUUCUUCUCCUUACCUUCAAAAACACACUUCUUUCUUUGUGCCAUGUGAUAUAUAAAACAAAACUGUUGUGUGCAAUGAUGUCUGUGACUUCUACUCAAAUGAACAAUGCUAAUGACGAGCGUUCUCGGUCUCACUCUGAUUGACGUGUGGGUGUGCUUUUCUGGGGGAAGUGCCCAUAAAAGGAGUAAGGGGUCAAUGAUAUGUAACAGUUAACCAUGUUUGAAAAAAACUUUGAAAGAUGAGUGAGUUUGGCCUGUACUUGUUAUUCAUAGAACGAACGUGCGCACAGAAAACGCUCGUACCACUUUCUUUCAGAUGUGAAAUCUAUAAAAUAUCUAUAAAACAGCAUCUGUCAAUGUUUAAACCCUUUUUGGCAGUAAGAAUGGCUUAUUUUCCAAAAACCUGCAGCAAUUAGAUAAGCAAAAGUACAUGCGUCUGCUCAGACCCUGACGUGGCACUUAACACUUUUCCACGUCAAAGACAGUUUUUAGAAAUGUGGACGUUGCCGUGGAUUUUUGCGUACGCACACUUUACGAUUAAAUCUGUGCAUAUGCACGCUUUAUAAAUAAGGCCCUGGGAGUUGCCCGCCAAAGCACAUUCUAUUAAUAGCCUCAAUUUUAAUAUUUAUUACAUAUUUUUAUAUUAGCUUGGUUUGUUUUAUGGAUGCUAACAUUUGAAACCAUGAUUAAACAUAUACAUUUUUUUGAGUUGACACUAUAUAAAAAGUAGCUCUCCAGAUUGUUUUAUCCAUUGUGGAUGUAGCCCUUGUUCACAAAAAGGUUGGAGACCCCCAAUUAAAAUAUAUGAUGCCUCGUGAAGACGCAUUCAUUCUGAAUUGUUUGAUUAAAACAGCUUAAAUGAGACUAUAAAACAUCUCUGAGUCAAGGACGGUUUGUGAAACUAGACAAAAGCAGAAACAAGUAUUGUCCAGCCCUAAACUCACACAAUGAACAUCCAGACAAGAAUUGAAAGAUCUGUGCUUGAAAAAUGUUGUUUUUUUAAUGUCAUUAUCUCUGUACAUAAUGUUCACAUGGAAUGUUACAAUAAAUCAUUUUUUAAAGAA